UACAUAGUUUAUGUGUAGUCAUCUUCCUCAUAAACAAUGCAUGAUUUAAGGAAUUCUUCUUUUUUCUUUUUCAACCAUCUUUUGAAUUUUUCAUAUUGCUUUUCCUUUUCCUUUUUCAUCUUUUAAUUUCUUUUAUAUAUAUAUGUAUAUAUUUUGUUGAACAAAAGUGUCAUGCAUGUUAUAUGGCUCUAACUUUUAACUACUAUGAAAGUGAGUUGUUGUAACAUAUGAGAAAUUGUACUAGACAUGUUUAUGUGUUUCUUGUAGUGUAGAGUAAACUUGGUUGAAAUUCAUAAUCAAAUAUUUUCUCUAAAUUUUUUUUAAUAAUAUUAAAAAUCUCAUUUUGUAUUGUGGGUAGUUCUUUUCUUGGAAUUCUUGAAUUAGUAAAAGCAAGAAAAAUGAAGGCUAUUUUGGGUUAUUUCUACUUAUUCAACUUCUUGGCUUAUUAUGCUCAUGCUAUGCUUACUCCAGCUGGUGUCAAUUAUGAAGUGCAAGCUUUAAUGGAGAUAAAGAAGAAUUUAAAUGAUCCAUAUAAUGUUUUAAAUUGGGAUGGAGAUGCUGUUGAUCCUUGUAGCUGGAAUAUGAUCACUUGUUCAAAUGAUAAAUUUGUCACUAGCCUGGAAAGUCCUAGCCAAAAUUUGUCUGGCAAAAUAUCACCAUAUAUCCACAACUUAACACACCUUGAACUUAUACUACUACAGAGCAAUAAUAUAUCAGGAUCAAUACCUAUGGAGCUUGGAAUGCUUAAAAAACUUAAGACAAUUGAUCUUUCUGAUAACAAGUUAACCGGCGAAAUCCCGGCAUCUUUAGCUCAGCUGAAAAACCUUCAAUAUUUGAGAUUAAACAACAAUAGUCUAAGUGGAGCUAUUCCUUUGGACUUGGCCAAUAUGACUCAGCUUUCACUUAUGGACUUGUCUUUCAACAAUCUCAGUAGUCCUGUACCAAGGCUUCUAGCCAAAACAUUCAAUGUUUUGGGAAAUCCAAUGAUAUGUGCAACUGGAAAAGAGAAAGAGUGCAAUGGAACUACACCAAUGCCCCUCUCCUUCUCUUCAAACAAUCCACAGAAUGUUCAGUCUUCUGGAAAACCGAAGACUCACAAGGUUGCGUUAGCGUUUGGAACAAGUCUAGGAUGCAUCUUCCUACUAAUUGUUGGGUUUGGAUUCUUUCUGUGGUGGAGACAAAAGCACAAUAAGCAAAUUUUCUUUGACAGUAAUGAACAUCAUAAUGAAGAAGUGUGCUUAGGUAACUUAAGGAGGUUUCAAUUCAAGGAGCUUCAGUCUGCCACAAACAAUUUCAGCAGCAAGAACAUACUAGGAAAAGGUGGUUAUGGUAAUGUUUAUAAAGGUCGUCUUAGUGACGGGGUUAUUGUAGCUGUGAAAAGGCUCAAAGAUGGAAAUGCAGUUGGAGGUAAUCAACAAUUUCAGACUGAAGUCGCGUUGAUCAGUCUGGCAGUUCAUCGGAAUCUCCUCAGGUUGUAUGGAUUUUGUAUGACACCAACUGAAAGGUUGCUGGUGUACCCUUACAUGUCUAAUGGAAGUGUAGCUUCGCGUCUCAAAGCCAAACCAACCUUGGAUUGGGGUACAAGAAAAGGAAUAGCUUUGGGAGCUGCUAGAGGCUUAUUAUAUCUACACGAACAAUGUGAUCCGAAGAUCAUUCAUAGGGAUGUAAAAGCUGCAAAUAUAUUGCUUGAUGAUUACUGUGAAGCUGUUGUUGGAGAUUUCGGAUUAGCAAAGCUUUUGGAUCAUCAUGAUUCACAUGUCACAACCGCGGUUAGAGGAACUGUAGGACAUAUAGCUCCGGAAUAUCUCUCUACAGGACAGUCCUCUGAUAAGACGGACGUUUUUGGUUUUGGUAUUCUCUUGCUAGAAUUGAUCACUGGACAAAGAGCUCUGGAAUUUGGUAAAGCAGCAAACCAAAAAGGUGCCAUGCUUGAUUGGGUAAGAAAGAUUCAACAAGAGAAAAGGCUAGACAUGUUGGUGGAUAAAGACAUGAAAAACGAGUAUGAUACGAUAGAGUUAGAGGAAAUGGUACAAGUAGCAUUACUAUGUACUCAGUAUCAUCCAAGUCAUAGACCUAAAAUGUCUGAAGUUGUAAGAAUGCUUGAAGGAGAUGGACUAGCAGAGAAAUGGGAAGCAUCUCAAAGAGCAGAACCAACAAGAUACAGCAGAGCAAAUGAAUUUUCUUCUUCAGAAAGAUACUCUGAUCUUACUGAUGAUUCUUCAUUGCUUGUACAAGCAAUGGAACUAUCUGGUCCAAGAUGAUAAGACACAAUGUCACUUUUGUUGGUGGGAGGUGACAGGUCUCUCGUAGAAUUAGUCGAGGUGCGUGAAAGUUGGCUCAGACAUCGCAAACAUAAAACAGAAAACAUGUGUUAUAUUGAGCUUUGUUUAUAGGUUUAUACAGAAGCUGCAAAUAGAAUAUUAUACAUUCUGACUGUAAAAAGGAUAAUUAAAUAACUUUGUAAGGUUGGGAGUUGUUUUUCCUUUUUUUUUGGUUCUUGUUUGUUUAAGUGGAAAUGUUUAUGGGAUGUAAUAAUUUGUUUAUGUAUGAUUACAAAUAGAACACAGUUUCCUUGCUAAUA